AUGCGUGUACAUUACCGUGAUCUGACCGUCUACGUGGGCAUGCAUGAUCGACUCGACGCUUCAUAUCUUACUCUACGCGUUCACAACGGUGUAAAACACCCUCAUUUUACCUCCAAUGCUGUUAGAGAUAUUAAUGACAUCGCAGUCUUGACUCUUGACAAACGACUUAAGUGGUCGGAGAAAGUUCGACCGAUUUGUCUGCCGGAGGAUUCUAUGGACUUUAGAAACUUGCCUUUGACUGUAGCUGGGUGGGGCAAGACCAGACAGGGUGCAUUGACAUCCUCAAGAUAUUUGCUUGAAACCAAAGUUCAGAUUGUGGAUAGUGAAACAUGUAAAAAGUCGACAAUAUACAGGGACAAUCUGGUCAGUGAAACUAUGAUGUGCGCUUACAGUCUAGGGAAAGACGCGUGUCAGGGAGACAGCGGUGGACCAUUGUUUUCAACUCACAGGAGAUCAUUCAACAAAAAGUGGUAUCAAGUUGGCAUUGUAUCCUGGGGUAUCGACUGUGCCAUGCCAGAUUAUCCAGGUGUCUACACAAUCGUGGAGAAGUACACUUCGUGGAUCAAGCAGAAAACUGAAGAUGGAGAGUACUGUGUAUAA